AUGGAUACCAUUACCUUGACAGUUCCUCCCAACUCAACAAUUUUUCCGAAUGAAGAUCCUCGUCUCAUCUGUCGCGAAAGUCGCUGGACAGACAUUGCAGAGUUCUACCUAGCGAACUACUUGGCCCAUGUGGCGACGGUCAGAACCGUGCCUGGAGAGCUCGACCCCUCCAUCGCCUGGACUCUGCUUUGCUGCCUCUUGUUUCCAAUCAAUGGGGUCUUCAGGGGACUCAAAGCGAUGUGGAGCUUCUCGUCCAUCUAUAUCUACUGGAAGCAUCGACCUUUGGAUGCAGCUGUGAGGAGCGGUGCAUUGUGCAUGGUUGUACGCGACGUAGACUGGAAGCCUGCCGCAGCUGCAACUGGUGGGACUCGGGUGUCGCGCGUGCUGAUGGGUCCACAAAAUGACCCGAAGACGGAAAACUCGGGAGCGACGGACUCUAGCAAUGCCAGUAGAGAUUCUGGCUCUGAGCCUCAUGAUUCUACGCCCAGGCCAUCGGCUCGUAAAUUCGACCUCACAUUCUACUGUCCCCAAGAGGCUUCUGGAAUACAAGGAGUCAUGCUGGAGCUCACCCGCAAGAUUCACGGCAGUUAUUCCUUACCUGAAGGGUAUACUUUUGCAACGGUGCCAGUCGAUGCUGAAGUCGAUUAUCAUUACAUUCAUACCCGAGAGACUCUCGACACGAGCGAUUCAGAGCAAACUGUAAGUUGCUGCAAGGGCGAAAAGGUGGAGCAUGCGGAAGACAUAACCCACUCAAGCAGCCUCCCUAAGGCGAUUGCUAGCAUCAUUCAACUCUGCAUCGCAGUCACCUCCUUAUACCGGACAGAAGGCAGCCAGAUCGUCAGGUACGGCUAUGCAGCUUUUGGAUUGACUGUUGCACCUUACGCAGUUAUGUCGUUUAUCAAUCUCUUAAGCACUAUCAUGGCGGUCGAAUAUCCAAAACUCUACAUGGUCCACAGCGCAAUCAUGGAAGAAGCAAUUCAACGUGGUGGUAGCUUUGGGGCGGUAGUAGGAUCAAUCACCACCGACCAGACACAAAUCACCGAAUCGACACUGGAUGCUGUCGUCGAGCUCGAAAUAAAUGAGACUGAACAAGACAAGCCUGUGAGGCGCGUCCUUUUGCGGGACACUACGCCGUCGCAUACGGCUUGUGGGGACCACAAGGCACAACGGGUGGGCAAGCCAACAAGUCGACUUGACAUGGGCACCGAUGAUGGACGAGAACAGAGUGGGAAGACAGGAGAGCAAGGCCGUUACCUGCCAAAAUCUGGAAUUCUGGCGAUCCCGAUCUGCUUGCCUAUCAAAAGGGUGAAGAAUCCGGUUAACGCUAUAGUUCUAGGGAUUUUGACGAGUUUCAUCAACUUUCGAUCCGCUCUGAUUGUCGACAACCCCGAGCACUGGUGUCUAUACAAUACAGCCACGAAGAAGAGAAAACGUUGGACUGAACUCAAAACCGCAGUCACAAACAUGGUUACGAGUGCCCUCUUCGCGGACAUUGUAUGGCACGUCGCGACCAUAUCCAUUCCGGCCGGAGCUAGCUUGGGCAUCGUUGGCGGGCUCUCCCGCUGGAGCAAGGGUACCGACAGCACUCUGGCACAACGGACCUGGACCAUGAUGUGGCUCCUUCUCGGCUUCACGUUAAACCUUCCGCAAAUUUGGGCACAAUACAAAAGCGAGCAACAGGCCUGCUUCGCAACGCCUCACAAUUUGAGCUUCACCCACCUGGCCGAGAAGGCCCACAUGACGGGGCCUGAAAGAAUCAUCAAGAUGUUAAAGCGUCUCGAGGACCAUGGCCACAAGAUCUCGCGAAACAACGCCAUUGGUAGGUGGAUUGCGGCACAAAUAGUAAACCCGGAUCCUGUCAAGCCCAACGCGGACGAGGAAAGCCUGAGACCGAGGGGUUCGAAACAGAAAUUGGAGCGAUUGCCGAACUUCGUGGGCCGGGUGCUAGAGGUCGGGACGCUGCUUCUGUGGGCUGCACCCGCUAUCGGGGGGUUUGUGGUCGUGGGACAAAUGUUCAAUGCCUAUGGGACGUGCUUCAGAGUCUUUUGA